CAGGCACAUGCACAGGCACAGAGGCACAGGCACACGCACAGGCUCAGACACAGGCACAGGCACACGCACAGGCACAUGCACAGGCUCAGACACAGGCACACGCACACGCACACGCACAGGCACAGGCUCAGGCACACGCACACACACACGCACAUGGUUCCCUAGCACGAUGUGUCUGGCUGGGGAGGUGCAGCAGGGCAGGGUAGCCCACAUGUGCGACACCGGCAGACAGCUCCCUCCUUGUCCCCAGGAACAUCCGGCAUGGCCCCCCGGUCUUACCCAGAGGCCGAAGAGACGGAGGAGGAUUCUCUGCCAUCGCUGGUGAGCCGCAGGCCAACCAAGGGUCACAGGGGGUCCCCGGCUGUCCCUCACACAGGCCCACUGGACAGCAGUCUGCCCUCCGACGGGCUGGCGUUCCUCACGCACCUGCAGCUGGCCCCCGAGGCCCUGGACCCUCGCACCCUGCGGCUGCUGUGGAAGCAGCGGGACCUGGAGAUCCAGGCCCUGCGCUGGGGGGUCCGCAACCCCCAGGUCGCCCGGCAGCACCAAGCGCUUCAGGAGGUGGCUGGGCUCCCAGCGGUGACGGCGGCAGCGGAGAGGAGCCGGCCGGACCAGGAGCGCCUCCUACAGGAGCAGAUCGAGAAGCUGACGCUGGCUCUGAAGGAGGAGCAGCAGCAGGCCCAGCUGGAGAAAGCCGGCCUGGAGGAGCAGCUGCGGCAGACCCGAGGCACGCUGCAGCAACUGGAGUCGGAGCUGCAGGCCUUCCGCAAGUCCUGCCUCCUGCAGCUGGCCCGCUCCUCCUGGGUGGGCCGUAUGCUGCGUUCUUCCACUGGCAGUGUGGAGGUGGUGACCGCAGAGGCCCUGAUGGACACCUUGGACUUCCCAGAUGAGCCGGGCAUCUCUGCAGGGGAGGGCUUCCGGAUGGAGAACGUGGACUGGAACAGCAUUGCCCACCGCUACCCCAACCUCCUCACUGACCUGCAGAGCAGCCAGGAGCAGAGGCACGGCUGGCCGGCGCGGCCCACGCAGCUGCCCCCAGCCCCGUCCCCCGACGAGGAGGCCGACGAUGAUGACGACGAGGUGAUGAGGCUGUACCAGCGGCAUCGGCAGCGGCUCAAGAGCGUGGAGUGGAGUGCCCUGCCCCAGCGGGACAGCAGCAGCUCUGGAGACAAGGGCCCCGAGGCCAGCAGCGGCCUGCAGAGCCAGGGGGGCCGACGACACAAGGUGCUCGGCCGCCAGGACCAGCACAGGACCUACCGGCUCAAGGGGCACUCCACCGGGGACUCCGCGCCAGAGCGCGAAGGUUUGCCAAGAAGCCACCCAGACCAGCAGGACAAGAAGGCUCCGGGUGCCAGGCUGCUGGCGGAUGAGCGUCUCCAGGGCCCCGAGCAGCCCCCGAGCACCCCGAACUCCUGCCUGAAGAUCGUGGCGGUGAGCCAGCGCCAGGGGUUCGUGCGAGUCCUGAACCAGUCGGCGGACGAGCCGGCCGACCUGAGCGACUGCUCGCUGCGGCAGCUGGUGGGCGGCUUCCCGGUGUGCGCCUACCGCUUCCCGCCCGGCACGCUGCUGGGGCCCGGCCUGCACAUCACGGUGUGGGGCGAGAGCAGCUGCGCCCAGAAGCCGCCGACCUGGUCGCUGGGCCGGGAGCCUGUCUACUUCCGCUCCGGCCCCGGCUGCGUGACCCUCCUCCUGAGCCCCACGGGCGAGGUCCUCAGCCGGCACCGGGCCCCGCACUGCGUGACCGCCGUCCCCAGAACCUUCGACGACAACACCGACCUGUCCAUCGACCGCUUCCCGCUCGCAGAGCCGCGGCCCCGCGCCGCCCAGCCGCCCCGGCCGCCCCGGCCUGCACGCAGGGGUCGGGCGAGGCGCCGCAGGCCGGGCCGAGACCCCCGGGGCCCCGCGAAGCCCGGCCCCCGAGAGCUGCCGCCCCUGGGGGUGACCUCCGCGGCGCCCCUGCCCGCGGGCGCGCCGUGGCCGCAGGUCGCCCUGGUCCCCGCGACGCGGCUGCUCUGGCGCGGCCGGAACACCAGCCCGCCCCGGGGCCCGCGCACACAGCCUCCCGCGCCCGAGCCUCCGCUGGACCUCCCCGGUGAGCGCGGGGCCCAGGCGGGGGCAGCCGGCCGACCGCGCCCCGGCACCCCGUCAUUGCAUCCCUGUCCCCUAGGGGCCGCGCUGGGCCUGGAGUGCUGCCCACCGGUCAAGGAGCCCAAGCUCCGGGUGAGUGCGGGGCGUGGGGGGCGGCCCGGGACCGCUCCAGACCCGGCCCCGCUUCUCCAGUGUGCACCACCCUGCCACAGCCCGGUAUUGGACCACGCCCUCAACACGCCCCUGCCCCCCCCCCCGCAUCACCCUAGUACCGGACCCCGCCCCCGACCCCGCCCUCAGCACCGGACCCCGCCCCAGCACCGGACCCCGCCCCAGACCACGCCCCCAGCAUCGGACCACGCCCCCGACCACGCCCUCAACACCAGCCCCUGUCCCGGCCCCGGCCACUCCCUAGCACCGGACCCCGCCCAUGACCACGCCCUCAGCAUCGGACCACGCCCCUGCCCACGCCCUCAACACCGGACCCCGCCCCUGACCACGCCCUCAGUAUUGGACCACGCCCUCAACACGCCCCUGCCCCCCCAUCACCCUAGUACCGGACCCCGCCCCCGACCACGCCCUCAGCACCGGACCCCGCCCCAGCACCGGACCCCGCCCCAGACCACGCCCCCAGCAUCGGACCACGCCCCCGACCACGCCCUCAACACCAGCCCCUGUCCGGCCCCCGGCCACGCCCUAGCACCGGACCCCGCCCACGACCACGCCCUCAGCAUCGGACCACGCCCCUGCCCACGUCCUCAGCACCGGACCCCGCCCCCGACCAUGCCCUCAGCAUCGGACCACGCCCCUGCCCACGCCCUCAGUCCGGCCCCCGGCCACGCCCUAGCACCGGACCCCGCCCAUGACCACCAUCGGCCCACGCCCUCAACACCGGACCCCGCCCAUGACACGCCCUCAGCAUCGGACCACGCCCCUGCCCACGUCCUCAACACCGGCCCCGGGGGCCCCCUGGCCACGCCCUAG